ACAUAGCCAUCUUGUCAAGAUUAAGGGAGGUAGGACGGAGCUGUUUCAAAUUUCAGUUUCCCCGAAGUGUAAAAUUGAAACGACUCUCUUUUUGAAUUUGGUCAUACUCGUAUUUUGAAAACGUACUACAUUUCGGAAAUUACAAGUACAUGUAGAGUGUAAAGAGGAUACUUGUUUUGCGGGAUGUCUUACAUACUUGUCCUAACGUAGGGGGGAGUGUUGAAGCUAGAGCUAACCUAGCUAGCUAGCUAGCUAGCUGGUUUGGCUAGCCAGCUUUGAGUGAAGCCUGAGGGGUACGGGCCCGCCUCCGCCUCAAGUAGCGCCUGCAGCUGGGGAGCUGUAUCUUGCAGCGGUGGGUUGAGAACUAUAGAACCGGUAUAUUAAAUGGACAGGCCAGUUCGGAUUUAUCAUUAAGUUGGAUCUAUUAACUAAAAGUUGUUGGCAUCAGCCACAUUGCUGAACUUCCGAGGAUCAAGCUUCGUUUUGGACUCGUAAAAUGCAACAGGAGACAAGAGGAAGACGGGUGACGCAAACUCAUCUUGAUUAUAGUUAGUGAUCGUGCUAGCUAUACAUUUUAGGAUAUAUGUAUAUCUUCUGUUUUAGACCUCUAGGUAUUUAACAGCUGAUAUCAUCUCCCUUGCUUAAAUCGGGAGUAUUCAGACCAGUGUUGUAUACAAAGGUUCUCAAAAUGUCCAAAAUGCCAGCCAAAAAGAAGAGCUGCUUUCAGAUCACAAGUGUAACACAGGCUCAGGUGGCAGCCAGCAGUGUUGCGGACGACACUGAGAGUCUGGAUGACCCAGACGAAUCCCGGACCGAAGACGUCUCGUCAGAACUUUUCGAAGUGUCCAGGGUCGAGUAUGAGACGGUAUGCGACAGAAUUUCGUCAGAGGAAACCCAAAACAAUAUUGGAGGGGUAGAAACAACAGGCAUUGUGGCACCAUCAUAUACACCUCAAGUUGGACAGUUGUCUGCUAUGCCUGGACCUACAAACAAGGGUUUUCGGAAAGCAGGAGUGAUAGGCUCAACUCACACAAGCCAGCAAGCCAUGGUAACAAGUUCUGUUACCAGUCCUCCUCUUAUCACACUGCCUGGGGUUGUGCAACAACAGCCUAUCCCACCAGCAAGUGGGGGAACUACCAAUAUGUCAGUAUGCACGUCCCAGCCAGUGGUGAGUAGUUCAACACCUUCUACUACAAACUCUACAGCAAGUUGCAGUUCACGCUUCAGGGUUAUCAAACUUGAUCAUGGUACUGGAGAGCCCUUCAAAAGGGGCAGGUGGACUUGUAUGGAGUUCUUCGAGAAAGACUCAGAAGCCUCUGUUGUCAACAGAUCAGUAGAUAGUAUCAGACAUGCCAACAUCCCAGACCCCGGCACAGACAGGGACAGUGGGCUGGGUGUGACAGGUGGUUCGAUGGUUGCCCCAGCGACACACUCGGGCCUAGGCUCCAUGACCGAUGCUUCUGUGUCUGCCUCUCACACACACUCAGCAGAGACACUGCAGCAACAGCAACUCCACCAUCACAACUACAGUGUUGCGCAACAGGCUGGCAGGGGAGCGGCCACACAGAGCACUUUCUCCAACAAGUCGAUGACUGCACCAGCCAUGCAACCAUCGGUUGUACAUGUUACAAGCGCUGCCUCCCAGGAUUUGGUUCCAAUUGGGCACAGCAGCCAGUCUCCUAGUGUUCCCUCUGCAGCCCAGACUCAGACACUAGUCUACCCACCCCAGCAGCAGCCCAUGCUACAGAAGAUUCCCCUGGGACACCACCUGUCCAACCAGUCCUCAGGUCUUCCUCAGAACCAGGCAGACUAUUACCAACAACACCAGGCUGCAACCAUGCACCCAGUGGCCUUGGCUGGUCAGACCCUACCUAUAGCAAGCCACUCUGUGGGACAGUCUCUGGGCCAGGGCCCCUCGCCGGUCGUGACUCCUUCGGUUGGCGGGGCUUCCAUGCUGGGGCAGGGAGGAGAGAUGCUGAUUGCAGGAGGGAGCUCUUUACCUGUCAGUCAGCCAGCUUCAACCCUGUUGCAGCACUCAGUAUUGGGAGGUGCUGGCAGCUCCUUACUGGGUAUGGUGCCUACCUUGCAGCAGCAGGCAGUGGGUCCUUAUGCCUCAUCCGGGCAGCCUCUCAACCUCUACCCAGCUCCCCCCGGCCUCCAGAAUGUGCCUGCUGUUGCCGUGGGCACCAGUGUGCCCCCUGCCCUGCUCAGUGCCUCCAGCGCAGCCUCCACAACGCCAAACCCAUCCUCCUCUGUCUUGCCUGCUGGUCAGCAGACUCAGAUCCCCCCCAAUGGUGCAGGAACUCUUGGGAACACAAGUGGGGCCCAGGGCCUCUCGUCUGUAGGAAUUGGACAGGUGGAGGGAAGCAGGGGUAAGGUGGAGGGCCUGGCCAGCCAGCCUCCCAGCCUCUCUGGGAAAGACCUGAUGAAACCUCUGAUGCCUGAGAACCUGCAGCUGACCAGCCCAUCUGUCAACAGCCUGUUUGGAAUUACCAUACCUGUGGACGGAGAUGAUGACAGUGCCUCUGGAGCCAGUGUUGUUGCCAUUGAUAAUAAGAUUGAACAGGCAAUGGACUUGGUAAAAAGCCAUCUAAUGUAUGCGGUGCGUGAGGAGGUGGAGGUUCUGAAGGAGCAGAUCAAGGAGCUGUUUGAGAGGAACUCUGUACUGGAGAGGGAGAAUGCUGUGUUGAAAUCAUUGGCCAACAACGACCAGCUGUCACAGCUUUCCGUCCCAGCAGCCUCAAACUCUACGAGCGCUCCUCCCCAGCAAGGGGCCGGACAACUUAAUGUCUCUGCCCCACUACAAUUGCAGCCUCAAGUGCAACUCCAACCCCAGCAACACCAGGCCCAACCCCAGCAACACCAGGCCCAGCCCCAGCAACACCAGGCCCAGCCCCAGCAACACCAGGCCCAGCCCCAGCAACACCAGGCCCAACCCCAGCAACACCAGGCCCAACACCAGCAACACCAGGCCCAGCCCCAGCAACACCAGGCCCAGCCCCAGCAACACCAGGCCCAACCCCAGCAACACCAGGCCCAGCCCCAGCAACACCAGGCCCAACCCCAGCAACACCAGGCCCAACACCAGGCCCAGCCCCAGCAACACCAGGCCCAGCCCCAGCAACACCAGGCCCAACCCCAGCAACACCAGGCCCAGCCCCAGCAACACCAGGCCCAGCCCCAGCAACACCAGGCCCAACCCCAGCAACACCAGGCCCAACCCCAGCAACACCAGGCCCAACACCAGGCCCAGCCCCAGCAACACCAGGCCCAGCAACCCCGGGCCAAUCUUGAAGCCAGCCAGCACCCUCAGCAAACACAGCCUAGUGUCACCUCUGCUUGAAGCUCAUCCUGUUCCUCUCUGUUCAUGAAAGGGACAGAAUAAUACGUAAUUGAAUCCUCAAUUAGUUACAGUUUGAAUGUGAAAGCCACCAGCUUGACUACAACCAAGAGCAGCGCUUCUGCGUGUCUGUGUGUGUAUGUUAAGAGAUUGUCAGUGUGUUUGUGAAUACACGUAUGAAUGUGUGCUGUAGGCCUUCCCAGUGUUAAUGCAAUCAUCCAGAGAGAGAGGGAGUGGUGGGAUCUUACAAGUGGCACCUUGCUGGAUCUUGGACUAGUUGAAUGCUUGGUCAGAGCCUGUGGACUAGAUGCUGACUCAUGACUCGACCCCCCCCCCUUGGGUGUGGAAGAGGGUACAGCUCACAGGAGGGACGAAUGAAUAAGUCAGAGAUAUUUUUUUAAGCGAUAUAAUCCAGUGGGUGGACGGGUUUAUUUUUAGCCUUGCUGUUUCGUGGAAGUGGAAGAGUCUAUUUUCAGAGCCGUCACCGCUGCCAUUGCUUAAUCGUGAGUCCAAUCCAUGCAUCAGAGGUCUACUGUUAUGAUUAUUUAUUACAGGGCUGCUAUUUUCAUAAAGGAACAAUGUCAUGAUUUUUUUCUUCUUCAAAAUGAUCACCCCUCCACACACACGUUUUCCUCUGUGUUUCAAGUGAUUGGCCACCUUGAAAAUCCUGGGGUCUGUGAACAUGAACUACCUUUCUAUGUAGGCAAUAAAGUCUGACAUUAGUCUAACACUAACGGCAGUUAUAGUUCGGCUUUGUGUUUUCACAAAUGACAAGAUCCAGUUUGAAUGUACAUCUUUUUGUAUAGUGUUAAGUAUCAAAAGCAUAGCAAGUUUGUACAGGUAAACGCCAAUUAUUGUGACAUGAAAUUGUAACCUGAAUCUAUUGGAGGCUAUUUUUAUUUUGCUAGUUUCUUCUAUCAAUAGAAAGUAUUGCCAUACUAUUCACCCCCUACCCCAUCAUUAUAGCCUUGUCUUCAUGUGCAUUUGUCUUUGGUUAAGGGGGGAAAAGCUGUGAAAUCGUUCAACAUACUUUGUAACCAAAGAUGCAAAGCUGUGUAAAUCGAUUAUUUUGUAAUGCACAUUGUUGGUUUUUUUCUUUCUCUACAACAAAAUAUUUUUGUUGCUGUUUAGCAUGUUCUGCAUGAUCUGUAAUCUUCAAACCACUUUCUUACCUCAUUUUUAUUCAGCACUCUUAUUGUAAGAUAGUAGUCUGUGAACAAUGUCAGAGGGGGGAAAUGGAAAAAACAGCUGGAGAUUUUGAGAGAAAAAACUAGUGUCGCUGACACUAGCUACAGAAAAUGAAGUGAGCCAUGUAUUUUUUUUUUUCAUUUAAAUGGUGUUUGAAUUUCCUAUGCCAAUAGUUUUGUUACAUUGCUAAAUUUAAUGUAUUUAAAUAAAUGCAAUAUUCAGAUUACA